AUGGCUGCAGUCGUAUUUAUCACCGUCCACGGCUCAAAUGGUACCACGAUUUCAUUGGUGUGCUCCAAAACAAAGGUAGCACCGCUCAAGCGGCUCACCAUCCCGAGACUUGAACUCACCGCAGCUCUGCUGCUCUCAAGACUCAUGCAAUACGUUCAAGCCACAUUGAAGUUGAACGUCACCGCAACUCACCUGUGGACGGACUCUGUUGUGACACUCACGUGGAUCAAAUCUCAUGCAUCGCGCUGGAAGGAUUUCGUGAGAAAUCGGGUCUCUCAAAUUCAAAAGCUCACUGCGAACGCACAUUGGAAAUACGUACCAGGUACGUCCAACCCAGCCGACUGCGCCUCACGAGGAUUAAUCACUGCUCAACUCCAAAGCCACUCAUUAUGGUGGACGGGACCACCGUGGAUACUCACCCCUGAAGCUUGGCCAUCUCAACCCGCGCUUUCGGACGAGUUGAGCACGCAUGAGGCUCGUCCUGGCAUUGCGCUACAUGCGGCCGCAUCUCAACCGGACUAUCACUGGGACCUGAUAUAUAGGUACUCAACUCUCAACAAGUUAUUGAAAAUAACAGCUCUUUGUUUCAAAUUCAUAUCGCUUCUGGGAAAGCGCCGACGCAGGCCACUCGACUUGCACUCAGCUUUGGAGGAGGCCAGAUUCUUCUGGAUUAAGGCUACUCAAGCGGCAUACUUCACGCACGAGAUCAAGAUGCUCACGGCCAACUCGAGACUACCAACUGCUCACGCAUUCAGUCGAUUGACUGCGUAUAUAGACGCUCAAGGGAUCAUUCGAGUUGGCGGCCGCCUCAACCAAUCAGCACUAGAUCAAGACAACAAACAUCAUUCGAUGUUACCUCGCCACUUCUCAACCUAA